CCUCAUAAAUCAUAAUCACCAUUCAUUCCGUCACCUUUGAGCAUUUGAUUUCACUAUUGUACUCUGUGUUGAGUUGGGUUUGACAUGAUCGAGAGACUGAGACUUUCCUCAAGAAAACAAAAGUCCGCAAACUGCAAUUCAUUCUUGUUAAAGACUCCAAAUCCGUUGUUGUUGACUUCACAGAGUAGCACUGGAAGCGUGACAAGUAUGUGACAGAAGAGAAUUGGGGGGGGCAGGGGCGGAUUUUGCGUAUGCCCAUGACCCUAUGUUGUGUUCAGACUUCAGACAUAGAUAGCACUGAGAGAGAGCGUGAUAAAUAUAUGACAGAAGACAAUUUGGGUGCUUUGUCCAACUUGAUGUUGUUUUCCAGGAACCCUCUUUGGCUUUCUUGUGUCACAAAAAUUCGAUCUUGACUUUCAUUGCGUCAAAGAGAUGGGUUUCGAAGGGUUUAUCAGUAGUACAUGGGCUGGACUGGUUAGACACAAGCGUUCCAAGAGCUUCCCAAACAGCAGAGUACCUGAAGAAGAUAAGUUGGAUCAAUCUGCAGAAGCAGCUACUCCGCAUAAGUUGGUGCCGGAUAUGGGACACUUAAAUGGUUGUGGCAACAGCAAGAAGAAACAAUCGUCACAUGCUGACAUUCAGAAUUCUUUGAGGGAGGAGAUAAUGCAGCUAGAAAAGAAAUUACAAGAACAAGUUUACGUUCGCUGUGCCCUUCAAACAACACUGAGUUGUGGGGCUUUAUCCCAUGAUAUUACAAAUGAAACCAUAAUACCCAAGCCAGCCAUAGAACUCCUUAAAGAAAUUGCAGUAUUGGAGCUGGAAGUUGGCCAUUUAGAGAAGUAUCUUCUUUCACUAUAUAGGAAAGCAUUUGAUCAACGAAUUUCUUCCUUGUCUCCAUCAAAGAAAGAUGAAGAAUUUGAAUCACCCUUCGCGAAUCCUAGUAGACAGUGCCUCGGUUCUUCUAGAUCAGAUAUGAAUACUGUGAGGGAGAAAUUUGCACCUGAAGUUGAAACUCGAAUUAUGACUGGUUCAAGUGAGGAAGCCAAUGGACCAUCCGAAGAGAAGCUUAUAGAUUCUGUUGCUCAACACUCUCACUCUUCACUAUCUCAACUUUCAGUGCCGGCAAACAGAACCUCUCUACCAGCACAUGCAUCGGGACAGCCUGUCCUCCGUGCAUGUCAGUCUCAACCAUCGUCAAUGAUGGAGCAUUCUUCUUCACAUGCAAUCAGUCUGGCAGAGUAUCUAAGUGCCAGUGCUUCUGAUUAUAUUCCAGAGACACCAAACAAACUUUCUCAAGAUAUGGUCAAGUGUAUAUCAGAUAUAUAUUGCAGGCUUGCUGAACCCCCAUCGGCCAAUCAUCGCCCCUCAUCACCGGCUUCAUCUUUGUCAUCUACAAGUGCAUUUUCUCCUAAAGAUCAAUGUGACUUGUGGAGUCCGGGAUUGAGAAAUGAUUCUUCUUCCGAUAAUAGGUUGGAUAGUCCUUUUCAUGUGGAAGGGCUGAAAGAUUUUAAUGGGGCUUGCAGCAGAACGGUUGAAGUACUUCGUAUACAUAAAAAUGAUCAGAAAUUGAGUGAUACCAGAUACUUGUUACAAAAUUAUAGGUCUCUUAUUUCUCAGCUGAAAGACAUGGAUCCUAGCAAGAUGACAAAUGAAGAGAAGCUGGCUUUCUGGAUCAAUGUGCACAAUGCUUUGGUGAUGCAUGCGUUCUUGGCAUAUGGGAUUCCUCGGAACAAUAUGAAGCGAAUGUUUCUACUCUUGAAGGCUGCCUACAAUGUUGGAGGACAAGUAGUAAGCGCAGAUGUCAUACAAAACUCUAUCCUGGGAUGCCGAAUGUCUCGUCCUGGACAGUGGCUUAGGUUGCUUCUUACUUCGAAAACAAAAUUUAAAGCCAGUGAUGAAUGGCAAGCAUAUGCAACCGAACGCCCUGAACCCCUUCUCCACUAUGCACUUUCAUGUGGAAGCCACUCAGAUCCUGUGGUUCGGAUUUACACGCCCAAAGCAGUAUUUCAAGAGCUGGAGGCUGCGAAAGAAGAUUAUAUUUGCGGAACUCUUGGUAUUGGGAAGGAUCAGAAAGUCCUUUUGCCGAAGCUUGUUGAGUCGUACGCAAAGGAUUCAGGUCUAUGCCCUGCUGGUAUAAUGGAGAUGAUGCAGCAAAUUUUGCCCGACUCCCAGUCGAAAAGCAUUAACGACCAUAAUCAGACCGAGAAAUCUCACAAAAAUAUCGAAUGGGUUCCCCAUAAUUUUAGCUUCAGGUAUCUGAUAUUGAAAGACAUGGAAAAGUAAAUCAUGGCAAGUAGCUAAUUAACAUAAUCUCCCUAGGUUCUUUUCUAAUUUUCUUUCCGUAUAUAUUUGCUCUGCUACAUAUUUAUUCUUCGAUAGAGGUGUAGUUUCUUUCAGGACGAUGGCUUUUCUUAUUUGAAUCGAGCGAGAAAAUAUCAAAUAGUAUGAAUGAUGUCAUGUUAGCAGUGUCGAAUUGAUAUUAUACUGAUGUGACAUAAUUUAUACUCUGAAAUUUUUAAACU